AUGGGUUGCAAACCGGACGGUACACAACUUGGUUUUAGAAGAUAUGACACUCAAACUUGUAGAGCUGGUCGUCUUUCAUAUCGAGCCAUUGAAGUAGUGCGUCGUACUAUAAUCGGACACUUCCAUCAUGCUAUGAGCAGACAAUUUCAAAGAAAUGGUAAGAUAUGGGUAAGAGUUCUCGCAGAUAUCCCUAUUACCGGGAAACCUACAGAAGUAAGAAUGGGAAGAGUAAAAGGAAAUCCUACGGGUUGGAUUGCUCGUGUGUCCAGGGGACAAAUCCUAUUUGAAACGGAUGGUGUGAGUUUGUCAAAUGCUCGACAAGCUGCUACAUUAGCGGCGCAUAAACUAUGUUCAUCAACCAAGUUUGUUCAGUGGUCGUAA